ACAUACAGUCCAACAUACAGUUCAACAUACAGUCCAACAUACAGUCCAACAUACAGUUCAACAUACAGUCCAACAUACAGUUCAACAUACAGUUCAACAUACAGUCCAACAUACAGUUCAACAUACAGUUCAACAUACAGUUCAACAUACAGUCCAACAUACAGUCCAUACAGUCCAACAUACAGUUCAACAUACAGUUCAACAUACAGUCCAACAUACAGUCCAACAUACAGUUCAACAUACAGUCCAACAUACAGUUCAACAUACAGUCCAACAUACAGUCCAACAUACAGUCCAACAUACAGUCCAACAUACAGUUCAACAUACAGUCCAACAUACAGUCCAACAUACAGUUCAACAUACAGUUCAACAUACAGUCCAACAUACAGUUCAACAUACAGUUCAACAUACAGUCCAACAUACAGUCCAACAUAGAGUUCAACAUACAGUUCAACAUACAGUCCAACAUACAGUCCAACAUACAGUCCAACAUACAGUUCAACAUACAGUCCAACAUACAGUCCAACAUACAGUUCAACAUACAGUCCAACAUACAGUUCAACAUACAGUUCAACAUACAGUCCAACAUACAGUCCAACAUACAGUCCAACAUACAGUCCAACAUACAGUUCAACAUACAGUCCAACAUACAGUCCAACAUACAGUUCAACAUACAGUUCAACAUACAGUUCAACAUACAGUCCAACAUACAGUUCAACAUACAGUCCAACAUACAGUCCAACAUACAGUUCAACAUACAGUUCAACAUACAGUUCAACAUACAGUCCAACAUACAGUCCAACAUACAGUCCAACAUACAGUUCAACAUACAGUCCAACAUACAGUUCAACAUACAGUUCAACAUACAGUUCAACAUACAGUCCAACAUACAGUCCAUACAGUUCAACAUACAGUCCAACAUACAGUUCAACAUACAGUUCAACAUACAGUUCAACAUACAGUCCAACAUACAGUCCAACAUACAGUUCAACAUACAGUCCAACAUACAGUUCAACAUACAGUGUCAACAACAGUCCAAUAUACAGUUCAACAUACAGUCCAACAUACAGUCCAACAUACAGUCCAACAUACAGUCCAACAUACAGUCCAACAUACAGUCCAACAUACAGUCCAACAUACAGUCCAACAUACAGUUCAACAUACAGUCCAACAUACAGUUCAACAUACAGUCCAACAUACAGUCCAACAUACAGUCCAACAUACAGUUCAACAUACAGUCCAACAUACAGUCCAACAUACAGUUCAACAUACAGUCCAACAUACAGUUCAACAUACAGUCCAACAUACAGUCCAUACAGUUCAACAUACAGUCCAACAUACAGUCCAACAUACAGUUCAACAUACAGUCCAACAUACAGUCCAACAUACAGUUCAACAUACAGUUCAACAUACAGUUCAACAUACAGUCCAACAUACAGUCCAACAUACAGUUCAACAUACAGUCCAACAUACAGUUCAACAUACAGUUCAACAUACAGUCCAACAUACAGUUCAACAUACAGUCCAACAUACAGUUCAACAUACAGUUCAACAUACAGUCCAACAUACAGUUCAACAUACAGUCCAACAUACAGUCCAACAUACAGUCCAACAUACAGU